AUGGCCAACCACAGCACACAGUCUCAGGUGCCCCUAACGGCGGAGGCCUUCUUACUGCACUUAGCUCCACUUAACCUCCCGAAGCACUCCCGAAAACUAAUAUUUCUAAUAGUAAUUGCAGCGCAAAUGCUGAUUGCCAGACACUGGAGAUCUGACUCGACCCCCAAAGAGGAAGAAUUGAUAGACCUGAUUACCACAAAUGUAGCGUACGAACGAUUUGCAACAUUACACAUGAGCGCAGGGAACUCAAAUAUUCGCAUGUAUGAAAUGUGGCAGAGAUACAGAUUGCAAUCACCUCCAGACCGGAGACAGUCCCCCCCACACACCCCACAGUCAACAGAAAUACAAUCGCCCACCGAAAUAACGCUCCUAGGGGAAAGCCCCCUAUCCAACAGGUGUAUACAACAGCAACAAUCAUAG